CAGGGCAACGGACGCUUAAAGUCGAGUAAGAAGCAAAGAGAUCUCGGGCGCCUGGCGUGGCUAGCUUAAAAUCUAAAAAACCCACGAAACUGGAGCUGACAAUGGACAACGAGUCGUGGGCCUGCUCGUCGGUGGACAAGGACCUGACCCGCGUGGUGAGCAAGCUGGAGCAGCUGCACGAGAACGCGGCGGCGGACAUCGGGGACAUAGCCACCCAGAUGUCGGAGCUGGUGGAGGUGCUCAGCAGGGCGGAGCAGCUGGUCACGACUCUCAAUUCGAGCACCCAGGUCUCCCAGGACGAUCCGAUGGGCGGCGGCGAUGGGGUGAGCAUGCAGGUGGAGACGGAACCCACCGCCCCGCAGCGCCUCAACGACCGCCAGAUGGAGAGCAUCCGCAAGGUGAUCGCCCGGUGCAACGAGCGGGUGCAGAAGCUCUCCACCGAGCACCGCGAUCUGCACGGCUCCAUCUCGAAGAUCGGCAAGGCCAUCGACCGCAACUUCAGCGCCGACUUCACCUCCACGAUGCGCGUGGACGUGCUGCAGGACGAGGAGAACCUGAUGCUGCUGAACAAGGCCAUUGCCAAGCACUACUGCCGCCAGGGCAUGGACGACGUGGCGCGCACCCUGAUCCGCGAGUCCAAGAUGUCGCCGGAGCACGCCCAGGAUGUCUUCGACUCGGAGCGCGAGUUUGCCGACAUCUACGGCAUGUGGGUGAAGAUACAGAAGCGGGAUCUCACUGAUGCCUUGAAGUGGGCCAAGAUGUACUCGCAGCAGCUGAGUGACCGCCACUCGCUCAUCGAAUUCCGGCUGCACCGCAUGCGCUUCAUGCAGCUGGUCUCGUACGGAUUGGACUCGCAGCGCGAGGCCAUCUCCUAUGCGCGGCUGAACUUCAAGAAGUUCGCCAUACGCUACGAGCACGAGAUUGCCAAUCUGAUGGCCAGUUUUAUCUACCUGCCCAGUGGCCUGGAGAACUCGCCGUACAAGCACUUCCUCGGCCAGGAGAUGUGGACCGAGCUGUCGUUUAUUUUCCUCAAGGAUGCCUGCCAGCUGCUGGGCAUCAGCAAGAACUCCGCCCUGUCGGUGGUGGUCAAUGCCGGGUGCACUGCGCUGCCCGCCCUGCUGAACAUCAAGCAGGUGAUGCAGUCGCGCCAGGUGCUGGGCAUGUGGAACGGCUGCGACGAGCUGCCCAUCGAGAUCGACCUGCAGCCCGAGUUCCGCUUCCACUCGAUCUUCGCCUGCCCCAUCCUGCGCCAGCAGACCUCCGAGGACAACCCGCCCAAGAAGCUGACCUGCGGCCACGUCAUUUCGAACGACGCCCUGCACAAGCUGAGCGUGGGCCACAUCCUCAAGUGCCCCUACUGCCCCGUCGAGCAGAACGCCGAGGAGGCGGUUCGCAUCUACUUUUAAGCCAUCUGUGUAUUCACUAUAAUCACCCACUGCUGCUUAAAGUUCGAGGACUGGUGUUGGUUGGUAAACCACUUUUAAGAUAGCUUGCUUAGAUUCAUGUUUUUAGACAAAUUCGCAGGGCGUGUGUGUUGUGCGUGUGUUCCACAUCCUAACAAACAAUUUAGAUUUAAAAUAUAUAUAUAUACUGUGUAUUUAGAGCAAA